AUGGUCAAUGCAGGAGACAUGAAUGGUUCUGGCAACCUGAUGGAUUUUCUGGAUGAACCUUUCCCCGAUGUUGGAACUUAUGAAGAUUUCCACACCAUCGACUGGCUGCGGGAGAAAUCUCGCGACACUGAUCGCCAUAGAAAGAUUACAAGCAAAAGUAAGGAAUCCAUAUGGGAGUUCAUCAAGAGUUUGCUGGAUGCCUGGUCAGGAUGGGUUGUAAUGCUUCUCAUAGGACUACUGGCAGGCACAUUAGCCGGAGUGAUAGAUUUAGCUGUGGAUUGGAUGACAGACCUGAAAGAGGGUGUCUGCCUGUCUGCCUUCUGGUACAGCCACGAGCAGUGCUGCUGGACGUCUAAUGAGACUACAUUCGAUGACAGGGACAAAUGUCCCCUGUGGCAGAAAUGGUCUGAACUUCUUGUAAGCCAGUCUGAGGGUGCAAGUGCUUACAUUCUAAACUAUUUUCUAUACAUUAUGUGGGCUCUAUGUUUUGCUUUCCUGGCAGUCUCCCUGGUCAGAGUGUUUGCUCCCUAUGCCUGUGGUUCUGGAAUCCCAGAGAUAAAAACCAUCUUGAGUGGGUUCAUUAUUAGGGGCUACCUGGGCAAGUGGACACUUUUAAUCAAAACAGUCACCUUGGUUCUGGUGGUAUCUUCAGGCCUCAGCCUUGGGAAAGAGGGGCCGUUAGUCCACGUGGCCUGUUGCUGUGGAAACUUCUUCAGCAGCCUUUUCUCAAAGUACAGCAAGAAUGAAGGAAAGAGGAGAGAGGUGCUCUCGGCUGCAGCCGCCGCAGGAGUUUCUGUUGCCUUUGGGGCUCCGAUUGGAGGUGUGCUUUUUAGUCUGGAAGAGGUCAGCUACUACUUUCCUCUAAAAACCCUCUGGAGGUCAUUUUUUGCUGCUCUGGUGGCUGCCUUCACACUGAGGUCCAUCAAUCCUUUUGGAAACAGCCGGCUGGUCCUGUUCUACGUGGAGUACCACACCCCCUGGUACAUGGCCGAGCUCUUCCCCUUCAUCCUGCUCGGCGUCUUUGGAGGCCUCUGGGGGACCCUCUUUAUCCGAUGCAACAUCGCCUGGUGCAGGAGGCGAAAAACCACCAGACUUGGGAAAUACCCAGUCUUGGAGGUCAUAGUAAUAACGGCUAUCACUGCUAUCAUCGCCUACCCCAACCCCUACACCCGGCGGAGCACCAGCGAGCUGAUCUCCGAGCUCUUCAACGACUGUGGUGCCCUGGAGUCCUCGCAGCUCUGCGACUAUAUCAACGACCCAAACAUGACCCGGCCAGUGGAUGACAUUCCUGACAGACCUGCCGGACCUGGAGUCUACACUGCCAUGUGGCAGCUCGCCUUGGCUUUGGUGUUUAAAAUUGUCAUCACAAUAUUCACUUUCGGCAUGAAGAUCCCUUCAGGCCUUUUCAUUCCCAGCAUGGCUGUUGGAGCCAUGGCUGGUAGGAUGGUUGGGAUUGGAGUAGAGCAGCUGGCAUAUCACCAUCAUGACUGGAUCAUCUUCAGGAACUGGUGCAGACCCGGGGCAGACUGUGUCACACCAGGACUUUAUGCUAUGGUGGGAGCGGCAGCUUGCUUGGGUGGUGUUACCCGAAUGACGGUCUCUCUGGUGGUGAUUAUGUUUGAGCUAACUGGAGGCCUGGAGUACAUCGUACCUCUUAUGGCUGCAGCUGUCACAAGCAAGUGGGUGGCAGACGCCUUUGGGAAAGAAGGGAUCUAUGAAGCUCACAUUCACCUGAAUGGCUACCCAUUUCUGGAUGUGAAGGAUGAAUUCACCCACCGAACCCUGGCAACAGAUGUCAUGAGACCAAGGCGUGGUGAAGCUCCUCUCUCUGUUCUGACACAGGACAGCAUGACGGUGGAGGACGUCGAGACACUCAUCAAGGAGACUGACUACAAUGGCUUCCCAGUAGUGGUUUCAAAAGACUCAGAGAGACUUAUUGGAUUUGCACAGAGACGAGAACUGAUUCUUGCAAUAAAGAAUGCAAGACAGCGUCAGGAUGGGGUGGUGAGCAACUCCAUUGUGUAUUUCACUGAAGACCCCCCAGAACUGCCACCCAACAGUCCCCAUCCACUGAAGCUGCGGCGUAUUCUCAACCUGAGCCCUUUCACUGUCACUGACCACACGCCAAUGGAGACUGUGGUAGAUAUUUUCCGGAAACUCGGACUACGGCAAUGUCUUGUCACUCGCAGUGGGAGGCUGCUGGGUAUCAUAACUAAAAAGGAUGUAUUAAGACAUAUGGCUCAAAUGGCAAACCAGGACCCUGAAUCUAUCAUGUUUAACUAG